AUGGCUCUGGGAUCAUCCUUGCGCGUUCUGGACCAACCCCUUUCGAGCUCCCAGAUUGCGUCUUCUGCCCUCACGAAUAGACGUUACAAGUCAACCCAGACGUCCACAGGUGACGACGAAACAGGCCACAUAGCAGCCGCGGAGAAUGAGGGUAUCUUCUUCUUGGACAAUGUCUUCCCACUCAAGCUCAAUGUCAUCCUCUCACCGUUUAGAACAUUGGUCAAUACGAGCAAGCUGCUACCACGUCUUAUGGGAAUGUUUGACAGCCCUGAAGACUCGGCUGCACAUCCAGCCGCUAUUGCAAAGCGAGCGACAUCGCCCUCGACUCCGAUUAAAAUCACUGAAGUUCUUCCAAGAGUUGAAGAAGGGGGAACCUUUGUGAAAUUCACCUACCCUCAGGACCAAGAUCGUAAAGAGAUUGAGAAGCAGAUCAAGAAACAUCUGAAAGAGCACCCAAUCAAGCCAUGGUUCAAUCCAUUCAAGCCAGCACGAGCUUUCAUGGUGAAGGGGGUCCCUUGGUUGGAAGAUCUUCAUCGUCUUCCUAGCCAGAUGCUGAAAGUUGAAUUUGUUCCGGCCAAAGCAGGUCAGCCCUCCGAAGAUGUAUCGGAAGAAACUCUCUAUACAAUCUUCCGCAAAUACGGGAAGAUCAAAGACAUCAAACCGCAAGCGAAAGACUCAAAAGAGCUCCCAAGAUAUGCUCUCAUAUACUAUCAUUGGAUGAGACACGCGAUUCUAGCGAAGAAUUGUGUACACGGGUACACCAUCCCACCGAACCAAGGAGGUGGUAGUGCAGGCUCGAAUCUGAAGUUGACGUAUCAAGGGGACAAGAAGCCGCAUCUAUUCUGGGACUGGCUCAUCAACCACCCAAGAAUAUUGUUUCCCCUCCUCGCGGCUUUGCUUGGUACUGCUGCGGUCGCAAUCUUCGAUCCCAUUCGGACCUUCUCGAUCAAGGCACACGUCACGCGAUCUUUCCACAUCACGGACAAUAAGAUCUACAAGUGGUUCAUGUCACAAGCAACCAGAGCUAAUCAGCUCUUGAAUAUUCGACGCAAAAAGGGCGAUGACACGCAAAUCAUGUGGGAUGAUCGAAAGGAUUCGAUUGAGAAAUUAAAUACAUGGCUGAUGGAAAGUGCUGAUACUUUCAUCGUAAUUCAAGGUCCAAGAGGAUCAGGGAAGAAAGAAUUUGUGUUUGAUCAGGGCCUCAAGGGAAGGAAGAAUACCCUGAUCAUCGACUGUAAAGCCAUACAAGAGGCUCGAGGUGACAGCGCUACGAUUCGAGCAGCAGCUGUUGAAGUUGGCUACCGUCCUAUUUUCUCAUGGAUGAACAGUAUGAGUAGCCUAAUUGAUCUAGCAGCACAGGGAACUAUUGGCACCAAGACUGGGUUCUCAGAAACGCUUGACACGCAACUGCAGAAAAUCUGGCAAAAUACCUCCACCGCCUUGAGACAAAUUGCGAUAGAUGGGAAGCACAAAGACGACAAAGAUGCCCAUUUGGGAGACGAUGAAUACUUAGAAGCCCAUCCAGAGAAACGACCGGUGGUCGUGAUUGACAAUUUCCUACACAAAAGCCAAGAAGGUGGCGUGGUCUACGACAAGCUCAGCGAAUGGGCAGCGAGCCUGACCACCGCAAAUGUGGCCCACGUCAUCUUCCUGACUACAGACGUCUCCUUCUCAAAAUCUCUCAGCAAAGCACUGCCAGAUCGCGUCUUCCGGCAAAUCUCCCUAGGCGACUGCUCACCUGAAGUAGCCAAGCGCUUCGUUAUUAACCACCUUGACGCCACAGACGCAGCAGAAGACUCCAGCAAGUCAGACUCAGAAAAGAACGCUCCUCCACCAUCUCAAUCACGAGACGACCUAGGUGAACUCGACUCCUGCAUCUCCACCCUUGGCGGCCGACUCACAGACCUCGAAUUCCUCGCCCGCCGCAUCAAAUCCGGCGAAACACCCGUCAAAGCCGUCGAGGAAAUAAUCUCCCUCUCCGCCUCGGAGGUCCUCAAAAUGUUCAUCCUCGACGUCGACAGCACCUCCACCAACGGCCGCGGCUGGUCGCCGCAACAAGCCUGGCUCGUCAUUAGAGCCCUCUCUGCCUCCGAAUCCCUCAAAUACAACGACUUCGUGACCAACGGCGGCGGGGCCGAAGCACCGCUGCGAGCGCUCCAGCAAGCUGAGCUCAUCACCAUCGUUUCCAACAAUGGUCGUCCUAGUUGUAUCAAGCCCGGCAAACCGGUCUAUACGGCCGCGUUCAAGAAAUUGACCGAUGAUCGUGUUUUGAGGGCGAGUAUGGAUCUGUCGACAUUGGCAGAGGAUACGAAAACGGAGAAUGCGACGAUCGCGAAGUGUGAGGAUGAAUUGAGGGUGCUAGGGGAGCUGCCGGGGAAGCCGGCGGAGACGGCGGGGAGGGUGAGGUAUUUGCUGGGGAAGCUGAGGGUGAGUCAAGAGAAAGUGGAGGGUAUGGAUCGAGAGGCUUCGAGGCUGAAGAAGGUGCUGCAGGAGGAGUAUUGA